UUGGAAGAACAUCUGAUAGGACAUAGGGCCGAGAUGUAUCGACAAUUUGUUCUGAAAUAUCCGGAACUCCGUGAAAGAGUGACAGAACAAAGAGUCAUGGACCAGAAACGUCAGAUUCUACGUACCUGCAAGAUUGCGACGGAAAGGCUGGAGCAACUCAAAGCAGAAGUUGCUAAAGAGCUCUAUCCUGGUCGCGAUGUAUCUAAAGAUAUUAGUGACCAUGAGCCUACCGUAGAUACUUCUGAUGCAUCAGAAAUUAUUCCGGAUUCACUUACUGAAUUAAGCACCGCAUCUUACGAAGGGAACAAAUGGAAAACCCCUGCUUGGGAGCGCCGUCUUACCCAUGAAGUAGACACACUUCGUCGCCAAUUAGGUCGCCUAACGCAGUAUAUGUGUGGCAAUAGAAGUAAAAAAGUUUUAGCCACAUAUCAUGAGCUUCAGAAGGAUAUAUCUAAGCACUCGAAGUAUGACCCACCAAACAGAACAGCUGUAGAUAUCUUAGAUACUCUUCGACAAAAACUAGCAGUCAAAUCCAACCGACUAAAAAGGUACCGAAAAUCGCGGAAGAGAAGAGAAGACAACGCUCUUUUCACAAAAAACGAAAAGCUGUUCUAUCGGCGACUCCAACAGAGCGUUAAUGAUACGAGUGGACUUCCCCCGCGGAAGGAGGAAGUUGAGAAAUUCUGGCGUAGCAUCUGGUCAGAGAAGGUGAGCCACAAUGAAACCGCAACAUGGAUCACAAGAGAAGAACAGCGUAUGCUUGAGGUCCCAGAAAUGCAACAUGUGGAAAUUACAGAAGAGGAUGUCACUCAAGCGAAGUACAGCACUGAAAAGUUUAUUAAGUACCAGCGGUUAGCUGAAGAAAUCCGACAAUUAAGGCGACAGCAGCAGGUACCUAUCGUCACGCUGAUUCUCUCUACACCUGGAGUCUUGACUAAAUCCCUUACUGACAAUUUAGCUAAGCUGGGCAUUUCAGUGAGGGUGAGGAACAAAAUUCAAAAAGCCGUAAUUUUGGAUACGACAGCGAUAGUACGUCGCCACCUCACAAUUUAA